CAAAUCAAAUCACAACUGUUUUUACUUGAAUACAUCAUGUACCAUAUUUAAAUGUUUUGUUCGCAGAUAGUCGCGCGGUAGGAAUUAUGUUGUGAAAUUUACUAAUCAAAUGCAUACUUUCCUAAAAAGUAUGUUCGCAAUUGUAUCUCCCAGGUGUUAAAAACUGAGAAAUUAUGACAAGUUGGAAAGCAAUUGGCAGUCGAUUGCCAAUAUCCAAUCGAACCGGAAUUUUACCUUUGGGGACGUGGAUUGAACGAGAAAAGUUUCCCCAGUAUCAAAAACGCUGGAAUCAAUCUCAAACGCUUCAUGCUUUGUUGGAUUUGCGACGGAAGGCGAUACCAGUUGAUCGCCAGCGACAGGUUUUGCGUGAGCUAGUUGAUAAACUCGACCGAGCACCGAACGAAAAAAGUUUUGCCAUACAAGAAGGAGCGGUUGAGCUAUUAAAGGAAUUGCUGCACUCCUCAGACCAGGCGAUUGUAGACAAUGCACGACUUGGAUUGACUUUGCUUGGGCAUGUGGCACCGCUCCCUAGUCCGGGUAUUAGAAUUCUCAGUAUAGAUGGUGGCGGCAUCCGUGGUCUUAUUGUCAUGGAGCUGCUUCGAAAGAUUGAAAAGUUGACCAAUCGAAGGAUAUUUGAACUUUUCGAUCUAGUUUGUGGUGUGUCAACAGGAGCAAUACUUGUUUGCACGCUUGCAUCUGAAAAGAAUCUUACGCUCGAUGAUGCAAUCCAUCUCUAUAAGAAGAUGAGUCGCAAAAUGUUCUACCGUCCAACGACAUUGGACAAACUGACAGGAGCUUCACGCCUUGUUUCAAGCCACGCUUAUUACGACAUAGAUUUGUAUGAAACAUUACUGAAGCGUCAUAUCGGUCAUCGAAGAAUAAUUGAUACAUGUCAACUUCCUAAUGUUCCAAAGCUUUGCUUUGUUUCGACGACCAUUUGUGAGGAGUACAUUGAUGCUCAUGUAUUUCGAAAUUAUACAUUCCCUCCGAACGUACAUUCGGUGUACUCGGGAAGCCACACGGCGCGCUUAUGGGAAGUGGUAAGGGCCUCUUCUGCGGCGCCAGCAUAUUUCAGUGACUUCCAGCUCGGUGGCCAGCUGCACCAGGACGGCGGAAUUUUAUACAACAAUCCAACUACGGUUGCUAUUCACGAAGCCAAAUGCUUAUGGCCUGGAGAGCGAAUGCAGUGUGUAGUUUCUUUUGGUACGGGUAGGCCACGAAACCCACACAGUUACUGGAAAGAUGGACAAAAGAUUAUUAGUCCAACCAUACUAGAGCGAGCGUCACUUUCCAGUUCCUGGAAAACCAAGUUUCUUCGAAUUCUCGAUUCUGCGACAGACACAGAAGCAACUCACACCAUCCUCAGUGACCUCCUGCCUCCCGGUCAUUACUUUCGUUUCAAUCCAUAUCUAACGGAGUUUCUCUCCAUGGUUGAGGUACGCCCGGAAAAACUUGCUCAACUGGAACGGGAUACCAUGGAGUAUUACAGGAGGAAUGAAGAUAAAUUCGAAUUAGUGGCUGAUUUACUUACCCGGAAGCGGAGUAUUAUCUCAACAACAUACGACUCAAUUCGAGCAGCUUUUAGUUAAUCUUUUUUUUUAAUGAAAAGUUAGUAUAAGUAGAACAGUUCCAAAGAUAUUGACAGGUAUUAGAUUAACUUUCGUUUUAAAAUAACAGUGUAUCUAGUGUCAUUUUAUCUCUGUCAGUAGUAUUUUAUCAAUGUUUGAACAAUUUGUUGACGAACUUGUUGAUAGACUUAUGAAAGUAUUGUUUCUAAUUUAUGUUACCGGACUAAGAAGUUCAACUUCUUUGCAAAAAAUCUGAAUGAAUAAACAUUUCAUGAACUGAUCACCGUAACGAAAA